CACAGUGUGUGCGGGUGAUGAGUGAUGUUUAGUCACAUGGUGUGCGGGUGAUGAGUGAUGUUUAGUCACAGUGUGUGCGGGUGAUGAGUGAUGUUAGUCACAGUGUGUGCGGGUGAUGAGUGAUGUUUAGUCACAGUGUGUGCGGGUGAUGAGUGAUGUUUAGUCACAGUGUGUGCGGGUGAUGAGUGAUGUUUAGUCACAGUGUGUGCGGGUGAUGAGUGAUGUUUAGUCACAGUGUGUGCGGGUGAUGGCACUAUGAACAACUUGAUGGAUCUCUAUAAAGUAGGAAGUCAUAAUAAACCAGUCACAUACGGACUAGCUUUGUCUCCCUCAUCAGAAGUCCACAUCAUGCUCUCUCCUUCUCCCAGACAGCUGCUUCCUCUAAACUAGCUACACUAACAUGAUAGCUAUCAAGAUAUAAAAUGAUUUAACUGUACUCCAGCAACAUGACCAAACCUCUCUCACCUCUUCUCUCCCCGUCAGAGGUCCACAUCAUGCUGGACGCCCUCCUUCCACCCAACACCUACUUCCGUUUCAACCCCUACAUGAGCGAGGACAUCCCAUUGGACGAGAGCCGCCCGGAGAGGCUGACCUUCCUGCAGGAGGAAGGAACUCGCUACCUGGAGAGGAACGAAGCCAAGCUGAACAAGGCAGCGUCGGUGCUGGCUCUGGAGAAGAGCGCCAUCCAGAGGCUGGCUGAAUGGUGCAAACUGAAGGCCGACAUGUACGAGGGCUUGCCCUUCAUCUCCAAACUGUAGGGGACGUCUAGAGGUGAAAGGUCAGACAGGCUGAGAGACACUAAUUUAGACUGAUUAUGAAGAUAAUAUAGGAGCUGUAAAGGUCUGACAUGUACGAGGGCCCUUCAUCUCCAAACUGUAGGAAGUGACCUGCAGAGGUUAAAGUUCAAAAGGCACUGCAGGCGGUAACUGCUGAGAAACUAAUUUAGACUUGAAAAUAAACAUGUGCUUUGAUAUGACUCCAUCAGUGGAGGCUGGUGGGAGGAGCUAUAGGAGGAAAGACUCAUUGUAAUGGUUGGAAUGGAAUAAAUGGAACCGAGUUAAACGUGGCUUCCAUAUGUUUGAUACCGUUCCAUUUUGUCAUUCCAGCCAUUACAAUGAGCCUGUCCUCCUAUAGCUUCUCCCACCAGCCUCCUCUGGACUCCAUAUCUGCUUGAUGUAGAUCAUGUGAUAUGACUGCGGUCCAUUAGAAUUUCUGCUGCUCAGGCAGGAUGUUGUUUGACCUGUGAGAGGUGGUACAGAAGGAUCUGUUGUUUUCUCUGAAAGGGGUUUGGCUGGUAGGGCUGAAGGAAUCAACCUUUUGACUGGUCCUAAAUAAAGCACCACUGUGAUGAGAGCACAUAGGCCGUGUUUACACAGGCAGCCCAAUUCUAAUAUUUUUCCCCCCUAAAAAUCAGAUCUUUUGCCAAUAAUUGGGCUAAAUAUCUGAAUUUGGCUGCCUGUGUAAACAGCCAUAAUGGUGUGAAUGGUAGACAGGCAUAGCCAUUUACUGUUUUGAUUUAAGAGUGCAGGUUUUGCAGGGAAGGUGUUUUUGACAACUACCGACAUGUACUGGUAUGUCAGAUAUUCAGGGUCUGUUAUUAGCAACUCAUUCCAUUGUAAUUACUGUAAAUACGGAUGUUGUAAGUAACUGACAUUGGUGUCACCUCAUUUAAAUGCUUCAAACUUGAACUAGGCAUGUAAAGUAGAAUGGUAUAAAACAUGUAAUUAUGCCUUUUUUCACAGAUGAAUGAAAUCAUGCACUUUGUAAAUUGUCACAUUGUUCUUAAGAGCUCUGUAAGGGAUCAGAUGUAAAUGGUUUGAUAUGUGAUUUUGAAUCAUAUUUAAUUGCAGAGUUCAUGGUACUAGCUUUAUAAUGAGCUUGUACCACCUUUCUCCUGCAGCGGCCCUGUAGGUGUGUAAGAACUUUCUCCUGCAGCGGCCCUGUAGGUGUGUAAGAACUUUCUCCUGCAGCGGCCCUGUAGGUGUGUAAGAACUUUCUCCUGCAGCGGCCCUGUAGGUGUGUAAGAACUUUCUCCUGCAGCGGCCCUGUAGGUGUGUAAGAACUUUCUCCUGCAGCGGCCCUGUAGGUGUGUAAGAACUUUCUCCUGCAGCGGCCCUGUAGGUGUGUAAGAACUUUCUCCUGCAGCGGCCCUGUAGGUGUGUAAGAACUUUCUCCUGCAGCGGCCCUGUAGGUGUGUAAGAAUGAAAAUGUGUCAUUGAAACCGGUUUCUGUUGUUGUGUCGUCUAUUGAAGCUGUGUCUCAUAACUA